AUCUCUUUUGCUCGUACUGAUAAAAGCGCUUUCCCCUCGCGCCAUUACCCCUUUUUUCGGCCUUGGCAGGGCAAUGUGGUGGCAGAGGAUUGAUUUCAACUCCAUCACCGCCUCUUCUUUCCCUCUCUAAUCUCCUUCACAUACAUAUGAGCUUCUAGAGAGAGACCCCUUUCCUCAGACUUUCCCAGAAGAUAGAGUGGCAUGACGGACCCUUUCUCUCAUCAGCAGCAGUCGCAUGUGUACUGCGCGAAGAAUAUGGACCCCACCGCCCAUCACCUCCUCAUGAGAGACUCCCUCCCUCCUCCCAGGCUUCCUCCACCUGCUGUUAAAUGGUUCAAGGAAUGGGUUCCGCAAGAGACUGUCUCAGGUGCUGGGAAUUGUUCCUUACUGAAGUGGGUCACUGAGGACACAUUAAAGGCAUUGAAGGAGAGGUAUAAGGAGCCAGAACCAGUAGAACCAGAGCCUGAACCAAGGACUGAAGUGCUCUACCUAUGCACUUAUGAAGGGUGUGGGAAGACUUUCGUAGAUGCUGGGGCUAUAAGGAAGCAUUCUCAUAUUCAUGGAGAAAGGCAGUAUGUUUGUCAUUAUGAUGGUUGUGGCCGGAAAUUCUUGUCUUUCUUGGGGUAUGCUUGGUCUGGUGUUUAUUUACCUGGCUGCACACUUACCCAUUGGCUUGUAUUCAUUUCCUGCACCGUAUUCAUGCAUGCAAGUGUCUGUCACUGGAAAUUCUUGGAUAGUUCAAAGCUUAAAAGACAUUUUCUUAUUCACACAGGAGAUAGGCCUUAUACCUGUCCUCAUGAAGGCUGCGGUAAGGCCUUCUCCUUGGAUUUUAACUUGAGGGCGCACAUGCGGACACACUCACAAGAAAAUUAUCAUAUAUGUCCUUAUGGUGACUGUGGAAAGAGAUAUGCCCAUGAGUACAAGUUAAAAGCACAUAUCAAAUCGCACCAUGAAAAGAACUUGUCCACCGAUGUUAAGCAUACUCCACAGGCUGAGAAGCCUCACAACACGCCCAAGACUCCAGCUCUAGUUUAUGGUUCUGCAUCUUCUGAUCGCCCCUACAGCUGCCCAUAUGAAGGCUGUGAUAAGGCCUACAUUCACGAAUACAAGCUCAAUCUUCAUCUCAAGAGAGAGCACCCUGGCCAUAAUUCAGAAGAGAAUGGAAAGCAUAAUGUCGAUGCUGAAAAUGAAGCGGAUGAAGGGAGUGACCCUGAUGCAUAUAAUGCAUUGAAGAGUGGUAAUGGAAAGAGUUCAAAGCGAAGUAAAGUGAAGUUGGCUUCAAAGGCCCCAGCUGCUAAAACUACACAGAGGAAAGGUAUGGGCACAGUUACUCUUAACACAAAUCCAGUAGCGAAGCCAUGGACCAGCAAAGGCUUUGUUGAUGAGGAAGAUAGUGAAGAGACAGAAGAGGAUCGUGACAAUGGUGAAGAGGAGGGUUGGCAAUACGGAGAAGCGAAUGAGGAUGACGAGGAAACGGAAUAUGAGGACUAGUGGGGUCUCAACUCUUUGGAUAUCUUGGCACGCUGUAAGUAGUUUCUUGUGCCAAUUCCACAAACUUUUUGACGGUAAGGUCUCUGUAAUUAGCUGUCGAAGUGUUAGUUUCUUUUCAUUCUCAAAAGAUAUUUCAAUAAUGUAGGGCAACUUGCUUUGUUUGAUUUGUUGGAAGAACUAUUUUCUUGAGCAAUAUUUUGAAAGCUUAUUGUGCCAUACGUGCAGCGGAUGUAUGAUUAUAUGUUCACAUAGUCUGAGGCGUUCACUGAAUGAUGGGUGGUGGAGUUUCAC